GCCUACUCUGAACAACAUCUAUAACACUAUAUAAGUAGCGUUACUCUACGUGUUAUUGUAUCAACUCCUCGAGUUGGCAGUAGGGAGGUCCUUACUGUUACGGGAUAGCGUAAGACCUUAAAAAUGACUGACAAGGAGGCCGAUAAGCGGCCAGAAGACGAGACAGAGGACGAUGAAGAGGACGACGCUGAGGAUGAUGAACACACUGAUGGCGCCAGCACAGUUUCAUCUACUAAGGAGGGAGGAGACUCUAGCUCUAAGAAAAAGAAGAAGAAGAAGAAGAAGAAGAAGGGUAAGGGCGCCCAGAGCACGCCGGCAGCUGCGGAAGGGGCGCAAGCAUCCCAAGGCGCAUCGCAACCAGCCCUCACCAAGGCGCAAAAGGCGGAAGCCGAGAAAAAGUUUACCUCCGCACUGGACGCGUGUCGCGGAGCCACCGAAAUGUGGGUUGACCUGUCUAAUAGCCACGUUUACGACGCCAAAGCUAAGAAGCUGGCCGAUGCACUCAAGGCCAACUCGUGUAUCACCUCGCUUGACCUCUCCCGAAACAACAUCGCGGACGAUGGUGCACAGGCGCUGGCUUCGAUGCUGACGGGGUCGGGGGCGCCGGAGCUCAUCGAACUGGACUUGCGUGAAAACCCGCUGUCACCCGCGGCAGUGCAGGCGCUGGAAGCGCUGCGCAAAUCCCGGAAGCAGCUGGUCGUCAAGCUGGGUGCUAUUCCGCCGCCCGAGCCGGAGAAGCCCCCGCAGCAGCAGCCGGCAGCCAAGGGUAGCAGCGGCGCCGCGUCAGCGGAGGGCGCGGGCGGCAAGGGCGCGUCCUCUCCCGGCAUGAAGGAGAUGAUGAAGGGCCCUAUGUUCCGCAAGUACUUCCAAACUGGGGACGAUGAUGACGAGGCGGGCGGCGGGCAGGGCGAGGCGGACGGGCCGCUGGGUGAUGGCGGCUUGGCGCCAGAGCAGCUCUGGUCGGAGCUCAAGUCGCUGGUGGCUGCCGGCACGGGCAGCAUCCCCAAGCUGAGUGCGCUGCUGCAGCAGCUGAUCGAACACCUAAACAGGGAGAUCGGCACGCUGCAGCAGGUGCCCCACACCGACGCCGCCGUGGACGGCUCCCGGCCGCACAUCAAGGGCUGCAUCAUGCACCUGGACACGCUGGGAGCCAUACUGGACCUGGUGCCGCGGAAGGUGAUGCUGCAGGGGGAGACGGAGCCGCAGCUGGCCGUGGGCAGCCACCGCGUGUGGGCCACCGAGAUCCUGUCCAUGCUGCUCGCGCCCAACCACACCGCGCUCGACAACCUGGUGGCCGCCUCGCAGCUGGUGCCCAAGACGCUGGCGCUCUGCCUGGCGCACCCCAGCUGCUCCGCGCUGCACACGCGCGCGCUGCGCAUCCUGCGCUGCUGCUGCGUCAGCAAGGUGGAGCGGCUGUACGGGCCGUUGUUCACGCCGGGGCUGGGCGCGGGGCUGAAGAAGACGGAGGGGAGCGGGGGAGCGGAGGAGGGGGCGGGUGGGGAGGGAGGAGCGGAGGGAGAGGAGCCGUGUGGGAGCUUGCAGCAGCAGCUGGCGGAGCGAGCCUCCCCCUCUCUGGGCGUCCCCUCCGGCCGGCGCAACCCCUCCGUGGGGUUCGUGCUGGAGGCAUGCAAGGUGCUGCGUGCCUGCUGCGACGAGGCCAACCGCGACUCCAUAUUCAACACCAACGUGCGGAGACUGCUGCUGAUGGAUCCCAAGUGGUCAGAGUUCGUGAGCGAGGGCGGCGUGCUGGCGCAGCUGUGCAAGGAGCAGGAGGGCGACCUGGGCGGUCCCCGGGCGGCCCGCAUGCCGCUGGAAGACAGCGCGGAGCUGGCGGAGCUGGCGGGCGGCGGACUGAUCAGCAGCCAUGAGAUACUGGCGCUGCUACACGGCAUGCAGCUCGGGAUGCCGGCGGGGGGAGGGGAGGGACGGAGGGAGGAGUAGGGGGGAGGAGGAGGGUGGGGAUGGGGGUGCGAGCGUGAGGGGGGGGUGCGGGACGGGAUGUGCGGAAGGGAGGCAUGUGCGUGUGCGCGUGUGGGGGAAGAGGAAGACGGGUUGGUGUGAGAAAGGGGGGAGUGUCUGUUGGUUGGGUUUGGGUACGUGUACAUGGAAAGGGCGUAACGGGUUGUUUGUUUGAUCGUUUCAGGGUCUGAGUGUAGGUGGCAGGGGCCAAUCGCGUAAUGGGGACGGGAUUAUGACUUUGCUUGUGUGUUAUAUCGAGCGCGUGUGUAUGUGUUUGAUAUCGGUACAUGAUCUGAGCCACAUUUGCGUGUAGUAGGGAAAUUCGUGUUUUGGAGGAGAGCUGUUUCAUCCGCUCGUAGCUGUGCGCGCCGGCUUUAGUCGCACGCGCUCGCGUUAAACGUACCGCAUCUGACAUCUUGGCUGCUUUGCUGCUUGCACGCCGUUUCAUUUGGGAGUUGGGAGUCGUUUCUAGCUGAUGCACUUCCUAACAUGGAGCGGCAAGGUUCAUGACUCUACACCAUGGCAUACCGGUAUCCGAGAGGGCGUGAAGGUAAUCGUUUGUCGAGGUCAGGAAGCACGACAAAAGCUAUGAGUGACCCAAUCCAUGCAAGCCAGGUAGGGUUGCUUUGCUGACAUCUUGUUUGUGUGGUGAGGCCGGAAGCAGGUCGACAGCAGCGGCAACGGUGCACAGAGGCAUGCAUGGCAAAAGCAGUUCCGCCAGCGAUGCAUUGCAAGGGGCGCUCCUGCAUGCUAGACGAGCCCCUCCGGGUACGUGUUCCAUAAAGGCGCACGAUGGUUCUGAUGGGAUUUACGCAAAUGUGUCAUUUCGCUAGGCAGUCUGUCACCGGUUGUUGUGGUCACAGUGCUUGUCGUACGGCUUGUCGUAAGUGUUUGCAGCAGUCCUGUAGAACACGCAUGACUGUGUGUGUGUUUGGAGCUUCGGACCGUUUCUUGUCUUGGGACGGUUGUGUACGUUUUGGGUGUGUGGUUGGUUGGGCCUUGGGCCGCAUGAUGACGCCUAAGCGGGUUCGGAGGGCGAAGAGAGGGGACUUUUGGGCGCGCCACGGUCAGAUGUGAUUUACGCACUUAUUGCGGUUUACUCUCCGUCCGUCCUCCAUGUGCGGUUGCUGGGCGUUUGCCUUACUGUUUCCCCAUUGCUUUGCCUUCACCUGUGGUUAUGGUAUAUCUCUUGACCCCCCUCUCCUCUUCCGAAGGCAGCUUUGAAAGCCAACACGUCUUACGCGCUUGCUUGACUUAGGGUUUCGUGGAAAGUUUUGCGAGUGAUUGGGGGACAGAGCAAGCGAACAUGGCUGGGCAGUGCGCGCACGUCGGAUGGGAACACGCAUAUGCCCAGGCGUUUGGUUACCGAUGUAGCUCUUACACGUCUGAAAGCCUCCUUUCCAUAAGUGGUCUGCAACCUUUCGUACUGAGCACUGAAACCCAUCAAACAAGCCCGAUAGGCCGGAAGGGGGUAGGGCUUGGUGGGAGGGUGGCCUGGCCCAAUGCCUGUGCGGCUUCAUAUGGGCCCGAUGGACGAGCACACCAGCACCGGGGGGCGCGGGAGGUUAGUUGCUGCAACAAUUUAUACCGUUAGCCCGUACAACGCAGCCAGAGCUUGAUUGGUUGUUGCUACUAUUCUACAUUUAGAUAGAUACAACACGCUUUAGUUACACGGUGUCUUUGCCACCCUUGGAAAGUCCGAAACGGGGACUUGGGCCCAUAAAAAUGCUGUACAGUGAUGCUCGCAAAUCGCUUUCACGCUAGCUUCCUUUAUUACAGCAUUGGCCCGCCCUAUUUACCCGGUAUUUGCAACGUUAUCCAACUUCGAACGACGUAGCUUCUCGUUUCCAUGUCGUCAGCAGACGACAGCUGCAAGCGGCAACGGAUUGAACCAUCAGCCUCAACACCAGCAGCCUCACCUUCCAUAGCGCCCCGGUCUCCCCACCGCCUGUCAACAGCAGAGCUACCCCGGCCCGCAUCGCCAGCCGUCCUCCCUGCCAGGACAGGAGGCCAGAAUGGCAGUACCAGUAUCGCUCGCCACUCCUGUAAGCCCCUCCAUGUCGCACCACCCCAGCCUCUCACUGCAGGAGCAGCACCCAUAACCUUAACUAAAGCGGCUGACAACGAGGCAGCCAGUUCAGUAACGGCUGAUGAGACGUCUGUGCCCGUGUUAUCCCUCGGCCACCCUGGCGCAGCCGCCCUGACAGUCUUGCAGCCUGCCGCGCACCAGGAAAGGGAGGCUGACAGUAACCUAGCGCUCCUGUUUGCCGAAGACGAAGAAGACGAGGAGGAGGGAGGCGAAGCCCGUGUGGAAGGCGGAGAGCAGGAGGGCGACGGAGGCACGGAGCAGGCUGAUGCGGAGGCGGCGGCGGGCCGGCCGCACCCCCGCCUAGCGCACCUGCCCAUCAGACGCAUCGUGCAGGAUGGGGUUAUCUCGGCAGAGCUGUGUCGGGAGCUCAUCUUCGUGUUCAGGAGCACCAGCACAGUGGGGUAUCGGCCGCAUCUGCGCUCAGCCACCAUCCAUGAUGUGGCUGCCACUGCCCCCUGGCUGCUGCCGCCUCUGGUUGCAGCUCGGCGCGCGGUGCUGGCCGCGGUGGAGGCUGCGUUCGGUUUGUCUCUGGAGCUGUCAGCUGAGUUCAGUGGGCUGAUGGGCUGGGGGGCGG